ACAGGAUAUUUCAUUUCAUAGAGGACAAAAGCUUCGGUGCACACUGUUGGGAGAACUACAUUGACAAGUUUAACGAAUCUGUGGGAGCGGGAAUAACAAAUCCUAUUCUGAUGCUGAAGUUCUGUCGUGCAAAAGAAUUCCUUAAAGAAAUUCAAAUAACGACAUCCUUCCACGUGACUCAACUUAUACUAGACAAUGAAUCGGAAGAGGCAAAGGAAUUCCUCAAGACAUUUAAGACUGAGGUUGAUGAGUGCAGAUCCUCAAGCACCUUUACUCUCACACAGACCACACAGAGUAGUGAAGGGACAGAAGAUACCAGUACAAACCUAAAGAUUUCAAGCAUAAAAAACCUUCUUACUGAAACUGAGGUACAAAGUUACAGUGACUUUAAAAGACUCCUCAGGCACUGUGACGUUUGUUCUCUGGGACAAAGAGUGCAAGGAUAUGAUGGGUAUGCCUGCUUCAAAAAUGAGAGAGAUUAUGAUCAAGUUGUUAAAGAUGAGAUGGAUGGAUGGAAUGGUUUUGAAUUUUCAGAUCUCAACAUAGAACAUAUUGGCUCAAAUAAAGAAGGCAGGAAAACAGGGGAUAAAGGCAAGGCAAAAGCUGUGGAUGACGGUUUGGAAGAUGAAGAAUUUGGUCAGUUCCUGAUGGAUCAGGGCUCAACAACCAAGGCAAAGAAGAAACCAAGAACUAGGAUGGUUUAAGAAGAUCUUAUCUCCUAGAAUGUUAUGUUUAAUAUUUUUAUGUUUGCAAAACUAUGUCCAUUAAAUAACGUGCACCAUU